UGACUGAACAUGUUUUCCAUUGCAAUCUUCUUGUUGUCGGUGUGUUCUACAAUCAGGGCCAAUAGCUGGGAUAGUAACAAUGUAUUUCUCUCUAAUUUGCAAAGAAAACUGAUUGAUUUAGAGCAUAGACUACAAGUACAAGAACGAAUUAACAGAGACCAAGAAGUGGUCAUCAAACGUUUGAUUCUUGAAAAUGAUAUCCUUAAAAAUGUUGGAAUGACAAAGACAGACAUUUCUGUGGAUAUGAAAAAGCAAAACGAAAGUGAAGGAUUUAUUCAUUCCUCUGCAAACAAAAAUACCACUGGAGAAAAAAAUACUGGACAAAAUAUGCAUUUAUCGUAUUCAAAAUCAGAUUUGAAGAUAUCCCGUAAACACUUUAGCCUUGGAAAUUGUUGCCAGAAACUCCUGUUUCACUUCAAGAACGAUAAACCUAUCAGGAAAUCUGUUACAGGCGGUGUGGCUUUUUACUCCUAUUUGUCACAUGAUGAAGACAGCCUAGGACAUCACCAAACAAUCAUAUUCGACAACGUAAUAACAAACGUCGGUGGAAACUACAAUCGCCACACGGGGACCUUCUUCUGUCCAAUGGACGGGGUCUACACAUUUUCGUGGACUUUGUACUGUUCCUCUGGUGGAUAUUUUACUUCUGAAAUUGUUGUCAACUCGAAUGCCGUCGGAGCUAUGUUUUGUAGUGCACAGGGAGCGACCAAUAUCAGACACACAACAGGUGUCGUCGUUGUUGAGAUCAAUCAAGGGGAUGUUGUUUAUAUCCGCACACAUCCUAACAACGGUUUAUCUGGACCACUUCGUAGUCAUUCUACCUACCGAUCUUCAUUUACCGGAUGGAAACAUUUUUAAACA